AUGUCUCAGUCUGUGACAUUCACCUUGGGUACAUUACCCAGAGACUAUAGGCCAACCAACACCAGAGGUAAACCACACCAGAGGUCAGCCAACAUCAGAGGUCAGCCAACCACAUCAGAGGUCAGCCAACCACACCAGAGGUCAGCCUACACCAGAGGUCAGCCAACCACACCAGAGGUCAGCCAACCACACCAGAGGUCAGCCAACCACACCAGUGGUCAGUCAACCACACCAGAGGUCAGUCAACCACACCAGAGGUCAGCCUACACCACCAGAGGUCAGCCUACACCACCAGAGGUCAGCCUACACCAGAGGUCAGCCAACCACACCAGAGGUCAGUCAACCACACCAGAGGUCAGCCUACACCACCAGAGGACAGCCUACACCACCAGAGGUCAGCCUACACCACCAGAGGUCAGCCUACACCAGAGGUCAGCCAACCACACCAGAGGUCAGCCAACCACACCAGAGGUCAGCCAACCACACCAGUGGUCAGUCAACCACACCAGAGGUCAGUCAACCACACCAGAGGUCAGCCUACACCACCAGAGGUCAGCCUACACCACCAGAGGUCAGCCUACACCAGAGGUCAGCCAACCACACCAGAGGUCAGUCAACCACACCAGAGGUCAGCCUACACCACCAGAGGACAGCCUACACCACCAGAGGUCAGCCUACACCAGAGGUCAGCCAACCACACCAGAGGUCAGCCAACCACACCAGAGGUCAGCCAACCACACCAGAGGUCAGCCAACACUACCAGAGGUCAGCCAACCACACCAGAGGUCAGUCAACCACACCAGAGGUCAGUCAACACCACCAGAGGUCAGUCAACACCACCAGAGGUCAGUCAACCACACCAGAGGUCAGCCAACCACACCAGUGGUCAGCCAACACUACCAGAGUUUAGCCAACACUACCAGAGUUCAGCCAACACUACCAGAGGUCAGCCAACACUACCAGAGGUCAGCCAACACUACCAGAGGUCAGUCAACACCACCAGAGGUCAGCCAACCACACCAGAGGUCAGCCAACCACUCCAGAGGUCAGCCAACCACACCAGAGGUCAACCAACCACACCAGAGGUCAGCCAACAACACCAGAGGUCAGCCAACCACACCAGUGGUCAGUCAACCACACCAGUGGUCAGCCAACCACACCAGAGGUCAGCCAACCACACCAGAGGUCAGUCAACACCAGAGGUCAGUCAACCACACCAGAGGUCAGCCAACCACACCAGAGGUCAGCCAACCACACCAGAGGUCAGUCAACCACACCAGAGGUCAGUCAACACCAGAGGUCAGCCAACACCAGAGGUCAGCCAACCACACCAGAGGUCAGCCAACCACACCAGAGGUCAGCCAACCACACCAGAGGUCAGUCAACCACACCAGAGGUCAGUCAACCACACCAGAGGUCAGCCAACACCAGAGGUCAGCCAACCACACCAGAGGUCAGUCAACCACACCAGAGGUCAGCCAACACCAGAGGUCAGCCAACCACACCAGAGGUCAGCCAACCACACCAGAGGUCAGCCAACCACACCAGAGGUCAGUCAACCACACCAGAGGUCAGCCAACCACACCAGAGGUCAGUCAACCACACCAGAGGUCAGUCAACCACACCAGAGGUCAGCCAACCACACCAGAGGUCAGCCAACCACACCAGAGGUCAGCCAACACCAGAGGUCAGCCAACCACACCAGAGGUCAGCCAACCACACCAGAGGUCAGUCAACCACACCAGAGGUCAGCCAACCACACCAGAGGUCAGCCAACCACACCAGAGGUCAGCCAACACCAGAGGUCAGCCAACCACUAAAAUAAUAUACACCGUUUUUAUGCUAGAAUUCAGAAGAAUUCAGAAUCUGUUUCAAUGA